UAGGCGGGGCUAGAGGGGAGACUAAGCCCUCGGAGUAGCUUUCGGAUCAGAGGAAGUCCUGCUCUUACAGUGACAGGGGCUGAAUUAAAUUCCCAGGUUGGGACCACCACUUUUUAGUCUGACCCCUGCAGCCGGAGUCUCCAAAAGCCCUUGGGAACUCGGCAGCGGAGAGAAGGCUGAGGGACACCGCGGGCAGGGAGGAGAAGGGAGAAGAGCUUUGCUCCAUUAGGAUCUGGCUGGUGUCUCAAGCGCACAGCCAAGUCGCUGUGGACCUAGCAAGGGCUGGAUGGACUCGUGGAGCCUCAGGGCAGGGUAGGGAAGCUGGCGAGGCCGAGCCCCGCCUUGGGCUUCUGGGCGCCCUGACUUCGCUCCCGGAACCCUCGGGCCUGGGAGGCGGGAGGGAGUCUUACUGAGUGCAGCCCCAGGCGCCCUCUCCCGGGCCUCCAGAAUGGCGCCUUUCGUGUCGUGGCGGGCCGAGGGGCGGGGUCGCAGCAAGGCCCCGCCUGUCCCCUCUCCGGAGCUCUUAUACUCUGAGCCCUGCUCGGUUUAGGCCUGUCUGCAGAAUCCGCACCAACCAGCACCAUGCCCAUGACACUGGGGUACUGGGACAUCCGCGGGCUGGCCCACGCCAUCCGCCUGCUCCUGGAAUACACAGACUCAAGCUAUGUGGAAAAGAAGUACUCGAUGGGGGACGCUCCUGACUAUGACAGAAGCCAGUGGCUGAAUGAAAAAUUCAAGCUGGGCCUGGACUUUCCCAAUCUGCCCUACUUGAUUGAUGGGGCUCACAAGAUCACCCAGAGCAACGCCAUCUUGUGCUACAUUGCCCGCAAGCACAACCUGUGUGGGGAGACAGAAGAGGAGAAGAUUCGUGUGGACAUUUUGGAGAACCAGACCAUGGACAACCAUAUGCAGCUGGGCAUGAUCUGCUACAAUCCAGAAUUUGAGAAACUGAAGCCAAAGUACUUGGAGGAACUCCCUGAAAAGCUAAAGCUCUACUCAGAGUUUCUGGGGAAGCGGCCAUGGUUUGCAGGAGACAAGAUCACUUUUGUAGAUUUUCUCGUCUAUGAUGUCCUUGACCUCCACCGUAUAUUUGAGCCCAAGUGCUUGGACGCCUUCCCAAAUCUGAAGGACUUCAUCUCCCGCUUUGAGGGCUUGGAGAAGAUCUCUGCCUACAUGAAGUCCAGCCGCUUCCUCCCAAGACCUGUGUUCACAAAGAUGGCUGUCUGGGGCAACAAGUAGGGCCUUGAAGGCCAGGAGGUGGGAGUGAGGAGCCCAUACUCAGCCUGCUGCCCAGGCUGUGCAGCCCAGCUGGACUCUGCACCCCAGCACCUGCCUCCUCUUUCUUUUCUCCUGUUUCUUCCCAUCUUCCCAUCUUUACCCCGAAGACUUCAUUGCCCCUCUUCACUUCCCCUAAACCCCUGUCCCAUGCAGGCCCUUUGAAGCCUCAGCUACCCACUAUCCUUCAUGAACAUCCCCUCCCAUCAUUACCCUUCCCUGCACUUUAGUCAGGCCAGCCUGACCGUCCUUCCUGUUAGUGGUUCUGUCUGCUUUAAAGGGCCUGCCUGGGCCCUCGCCUGUGGAGCUCAGCCCCGAGCUGUCCCCGUGUUGCAUGAAGGAGCAACAUUGACUGGUUUACAGGCCCUGCUCCUGCAGCGUGGUCCCUGCCUUAGGCCUACCUGAUGGAAGUAAAGCCUCAACCACA